UCCACCAAGAAAGGUAGAUAAUAGAAAGAACCAGAGCAUCACCCUCUACAUAAGUAGCAAAGCUCCCCAAGCUUAGAAUUCUCUCUCUCUCUCUCUCUCUCUCUCCGUACAUAUCUCACUCUUUCUCCAACUUUAGUCUUUAGAUAUACACGGACAUAAGCUAAUGGUUAUGGCACCCAUGACGGAUAAGUCUAUUAAAAGAGAAGUGAACCAAAUGAAAGCCAAGAAUAAUGUUUCCAUUAAGAAGGAAGCCAAUAAGGGAGCAUGGACAGCGGAGGAAGAUCGAAGACUGGCGGAGGUCAUUGCAAGCCAUGGUCCAAAAAGGUGGAAGACAAUUGCGGCUAAAGCAGGUCUUAAUCGUUGCGGCAAGAGUUGCAGGCUAAGAUGGUUGAAUUACUUGAGACCAAACAUCAAGAGAGGAAAUAUAUCAGACCAAGAAGAAGACUUGAUACUUAGGCUUCAUAAACUACUUGGAAACAGGUGGUCUCUGAUUGCCGGAAGAUUACCGGGUCGAACAGAUAAUGAGAUAAAGAACUACUGGAAUUCUCAUUUGAGCAAGAAAAUAAAACAGGAGAAACAGAGGGGAGCUGCAACAAGGGAAGACUGUAAUGCUCGGAAAAAUAGAGCGGAAGAGAAAGUCAAUGUAGCAAUGAGAGGAGACGAGGAAAACUCAUACAAAGGACUUGAAGAUUCAGAAAUCAACUUUGAUGUGGAUGAGUUCUUUGAUUUCUCCAAUGAGAGUCCUUUAAAUUUAGAGUGGAUUAGCAAAUUCCUUGAACUGGAUAAGGGAUUCAGUGAUGUAUUGUAAACUGCAUAGCUAUUUAUUUUCUCCCCUCGAACUCGGUGAAUUUCUUGCCAAUCAGAGUUGUAUCUAGUUUUUUUCAUAAUUUAUCACCUACUUUUUUCA